CUGCCUUAUACCCUUUGCGUCAUGAUGCUGUUGAAUAUACCCUUCUGUUUGUUGCCGGGUGAUCACCCAUGGCAUUUUACGUCCGUCUAUGUCCGCUAUGCUUCUCAUGUCUAUGCUUAUGCUUAUGCUUCUUCAUGUUGUCGAUGACCCACGGACGGUAUGGCGUUCCGGACCUCAUUCUAUCUAUUUUCCUUUUGGCAUAUACCAUUUCAUUUGGUUUUCUUAUACACAUAGACAUUGUGUACCAGUCACAAGUUUAUUAAUACAUUACCUUCAACAUGUCACAACAUGCAACGUUUGUCUUCUCGGGAGGAACAUACUGGUUUCAGCGACGGCAAUGUGAACGAAGUCAGUGUAAUUCUCGCCACGCCUGCGCUGCAGGUAAUCGCAUCGGGUAGUGGAACAGUAAGAUGUAACUAAUCCAAACAUAUCGGCAUGUA